CUUGAAGAAAUGAAAAAAGAAAUGAAAGAAAUGAAAGAAGAAAUGAAAGAAUUGAAAGAAUAUCUGAGAAAAGUAACAACAGAACACCAACAAGAUGUGAAAAGUCUGCAGGAAAAUAUAGAAAAUCUGCAAUCUCAGAACAACAGAAGAAAUAAUGAAGCCACUGAAUUGGGCAAACGAAUGAAGACCCUUCAAGAAGACAACAACAUGUUGAGGAAUAUCAUAGAUGAAAUGGAUCAGGACAAACGAAUGAAUGAUAUCAUCGUGACUGGGCACCGAAUUAAACCAAGAUCCUAUGCGAAAGCUGUGAAUAAUGAAGGUGAACCAGAUGAAAUGGAUAUGAUCUCAGCAGAACAGCAAGUGGUCAACUUUCUGCAAUCAAAGGAAAUUGAAAAUGACAUUAAUACCAUCGAAACAUGCAUCCCACUGAACGGAAGAAACAACAACGCCACUCCAGUCGUGCUCGUGAAACUCGUAAACAGAAAAUCUAAAAUGGCAUUGCUGAGACAGGGAAAGAAGCUGAAGGGAACAAAUGUGCACAUGAAUGAGCAUCUCACAAAACGCAAUGCUGGAAUCGCCAAGAAAGCACGCGACUUGAGAAAGCAGGGAAAAAUCCAGGGAACUUGGAGCACCAACUGUAAAAUCUACAUCAAGCUGAAUGGAGGUCCAGAAGCAAGAGUAAUUGUUGUCCAUGACAUCAAGGACCUGGACAAUUUUUAAAGUUUACACAGCUACCAAAACAACGAUGAUAAUGGACUCUGACAGAAAACAAACACCCAAAUUCAGCAUCGACACUACUAUGUUCCAAGGGACGACUAAACAAGAGGACCUACAUUCAGGAUUUCAUCCACCUACACUUAUUGAGAUUAUUGAAACAACAUCAAAGAUUGUUGA